ACGACGGCGACGACAACGACGAUGACAAGAAUACCGCCGCUGCCGCCGCCGGCGGCCGUGCCACGAUGCCGUCGUAUGGGCCGGAAACGCGAAGAAAACUGAUUGUGCAUUACACGUGUAUACCGUAUAAUAUACCGGGCAUUCCCACGACGGCCGAUCAAGAUCGUCGAUCACUGCCUUCGUGUGUGAGACCUACAACCACACUACCACAUUUAUUCGAGACGCGCGACGUGAUAUCCGCGAUAUUCCUGCUACCCCCCCCCCACCGAAACCUGAGGACGAUGCUUCCUCGACUCGGAUCCGAUCACGAAGGCUCGCUUUCAUGGAAAGGGCCAGCCGUGUUAGCCGCUGCCGUGAUGGAGGAGGAAGAAUGCGAGGAUGGUAGCAAUCGUCGCGCGGCGAACGGAAGGAAGCGCAGUCGCGAGGAGCCCCUAAGAGGAGGAUCAUCACCAAGGGGAUGCACAAUGUUGCUGCGAUAUCGCCGCGAUGUUGUUGCGGCAAGGACGUCGAAUCAAUACGGUGCUAUCGGUUGUCGAGUGUUCGCUCGCGUGGCGGCGACGCGCCGCGCCGCGACUACAAACGAUCCACGUCGUUAAUUUAGGGGGGAGGAGUCUCGUCGCCCCAGAAAAAGCCCAGAGAGCGUUC